AUGAAAGAAUGCUUAAUUCAACUACCUACUUUAAGAGCUCCGCAAAAAGAAGAACUAUUAAUCUUAUACCUCUCUGCAUCAGAGGUAGCAGUUGGCGCAGUGUUGAUGGUCGAAAGGGACGAAGUCCAAACUCUAAUUUAUUACAUCAGCAAAAUGUUGACCGGUCCAGAAACGCGCAAUUCCAUCAUGGAAAAACUUGUUCUCGUGCUAGUUCACGCAUCGUGCAGAUUGCGAAGGUACUUUUCUGGCCAUGUUAUAACUGUCCUUACCAACUACCAUCUGGGACAGAUCUUGUCCAAACCAGACGUCACGGGCAGAUUAGCUAAAUGGGCCAUUGAACUGGGCGGAUAUAACAUUUUGUAUAAGCCACGCCCAGCUAUCAAGGGCCAAGUCCUAGCAGAUUUUGUUACUGAAGUUCCCGUUGAUAAGAUCCAGGAAUGCGAAGCCAUACAAAAUCCUACCCCAGUCUUCGACGACAGGGUCUGGAUCCUACAUACAGAUGGUACUUCCAACGAUGACGGUGCAGGAGCUGGUCUCCGCCUAGUUAGUCCCGACAACCACGAACUUACCUACACAAUUCGACUAGAUUUCAAAAGCACCAACAACGAAGCGGAGUAUAAGGCAUUCCUCGCAGGUCUCCGCCUAGCACUUAAAAUAGGGGCAAAAAAUGUUGAAGCAUAUGUCGAUUCUAAGUUGGUAGCCGAACAAAUUAAUGGUCGCUACGACGUAAAAGGCGAAGCAAUGGCCUUAUAUCUCGAGCAGGCAAGAACACUGGUCAAUCAGUUUCAGACCUUCAAAAUAAUCCACAUUAACAGAAGCGGGAACAAGCACGUGGAUGCGCUAAGUAAGCUAGCUGCUACAAGUUUCAAGCACCUGGCAAAAGAGGUCCGCAUUGAAGUUCUCUCAAACCCAUCCAUUCCUCUAAGACAUGUGAACGUGAUAGAAGUUGGGAAUCCUUCUUGGAUGUCCCCAAUUAUUAUGUAUUUACAAAAUGGAACUCUUCCGGAGGGGAAAACAGAAGCAAGAAAAAUUCAACACAAAGCAUUAAAUAAUGAGAUGGCGGAUGGAAUUUUGUAUCACAAGUCUUACAUGGGUCCUCUCCUAAGAUGCGUAGACAAGCAUGACGCGCAAUAUCUGGUCCGGGAAAUCCAUGAAGGAUUAUGCGGAAUCCAUGUUGGCCCACGCAUGGUAGUGGCAAAAAUCAUGAGUGCAGGCUAUUACUGGCCCGGUAUGCAUUUGGACGCUGUAGAGAUCUUGUGCAAGUGUACAUCAUGCCAGCGUCAUGCUCCAAAAACACUUCGCCCAAAGAACCCGUUGGUUCCAGUAACCGCAGCGUGGCCUUUCCAGCAAUGGGGAAUUGACCUAGUAGGUCCUUUUCCCGACGCACCGGACACAGUAAAAUUUAUAAUAGUUGCCGUGGAUUACUUCACCAAGUGGGUAGAAGCCAAAGCCCUAGCAUCAACCACCGCAAUGUGGAUGAAAGAAAUGCGCAUCGAACAUAGUUUCGCCUCUGUGGCGCACCCACAGGUAAACGGGCAAGUUGAAAGCGUCAACAAACAGAUUGUAGAUGGCAUUAAAGCAAGGUUGGGAACCGCAAGAAGGGGGUGGGUUGAUGAACUCCCAAGUAUCCUAUGGGCUCACCGCACUAUGCCGAAGACUAGCACGGGGGAAACGCCAUUUAGCCUCGUUUACGGCUCCGAAGCAGUAAUUCCGGCGGAAAUCAGCCUCCCAUCACCUUGGAUUCUAGCCAUGGAAAAACAAAACAAUGAACAUGAGCGCAGGAUCGACCUGGUCCUACUCGAGGAGAGACGUGAAAACGCAGCCAUCAAUGAGGCCAGGCACAAAUCGAUACUGGAAAAAUAUUACAAUGCUUGA